AUGUCAGAUUCCAACACAACCAACUUCAUCAACCCCUCCACCUUCAUCCUGCUGGGCAUUCCUGACCUGCAGAUGGCCCAAGUCUGGAUCUCCAUACCCUUCUGCACCAUGUAUGCCAUAGCCAUCUUGGGGAACUUCAUCAUCCUGUUCAUUGUGAAGAGGGAGACGAGCCUCCAUGAGCCCAUGUACUAUUUCCUCUGCAUGCUGGCCAUCACCGACCUGGUCCUGUCCACUUCCACUCUACCCAAAAUGCUGAGCAUCUUCUGGUUCAAUUCUAGGGAGAUCAAUUUCAGUGCCUGCCUCACCCAGAUGUACUUCAUUCACUGCUUCUCAGUGAUGGAGUCUGGGAUUUUCGUGGCCAUGGCUUGGGAUCGCUACGUGGCCAUCUGUGAUCCCCUGAGACAUUCCAUUAUCCUGACAAACCCCAAGGUGGCCAAGAUCAGCCUGGCUGUGGUGUUGCGUGGUAGCAUGCUCGUAUUGCCCUAUCCCUUCCUGGUUAGGCAGUGGCCAUAUUGCAGAACCAACAUCAUCCCCCACACCUACUGUGAGCACAUAGCCGUGGUGAAGCUGGCCUGCACCAACAUCCGCAUUAGUAGUUACUACGGCCUCUUUGUGGCAUUUUUGGUGACCGGUCUGGAUGUAUUUUUUAUCGCUGUGUCCUAUAUCCAGAUCCUCAGGGCCAUCUUCAGCCUCCCCACAAAGGAUGCCCGGCUGAAGACUUUUGGGACCUGCAGCUCCCACCUCUGUGUGAAGAUCCCUGGUGUCAGCGGCUUCCCGUCUAGCAGGAAUUGGGAGCAGCGCCAGGGUUUUCGGCGCCCUUGGCGGGGGUCCUUCCGCGCUCCCGGUCGGCGGCAAUUCUACGGCGGGCUGUGA